AUGAAUCGUAUCGCUUCUCCGCCACCUUCAGGAUACAUCUCCGGCAUCGUCCUCCACGUCGAUGCGUACGGUGAACAACUACCUGAGGCCCUCACAUACUACAAAGCGCACACACAAUACAUUGCAAUAGGGCGCAGGCCUACCCAACAGAAGGGUGCCUCCGGAGACGAUAAUCGUGCAUUGUUCCGAUGCGCUGUGGUUAGCCGGAAGCAUGCCAAGAUCACCUUUACAGAGUUCGGAAAUGCCUACAUUAUUGAUCUGCACUCUCAUCAUGGCACCCACAUCCUGAGACCAGGGGACACCGUCUCCAGAAUGAUUGAACCCGAAUCACCUACUGUGUUAGCCGAUGGAGAUAUGCUUACUUUUGGCAAGAGCGUUGGAAAAGACAAUUCCCUCGUCCGACCGGUCACUGUCCGCGUGAAGCUUAUAUUCGGGUCUCAACCCGUGUUAGCUCCUCUUGACUUUGAGGCAACUCCUCAACCUAUGGAGAGGGUAUCUUCAAGAUUUAGCUCGAGGCGUUAUGGUAUUCCUCUGUCUACCGACGUAUCCUCUUCUUCGGACGGCGAAUCCGAUAUCGAAGAGGUGACUGAAGUGGUGUCCCCGCCCUCUUCACUUCUUCCUGUGCAGGCGCCCUGUACGUCCGGCUACUGUUCUUCUCUCGCAACAGGGAGAUUGGCGCUACUUCGACGUCUAUUGCCACCCAUACACUCCUCUUUGAAUUCCAGGGACUCGCCUCGUUCUGUCUCUCCAGAUGUAGACCAUCUCUCGUUCUUCGAAGAGGAGAUGACAGAUGUUGCCGUCCGGAACUGUGUUCGUGAAGCUUUAGAAAUAUCCGAACAAGCAGCAGACAUCCCGCCGCCGCCUUUUAUACGUGACCUUCUGCUAGCUGAGCCGAACGUCGUCGGUGCUUAUCCUGACUCACCCAUUCGUCCGGUCUCUCCGACGUCGGAUGUCCAUCCGUCCGUUGAAGAACCAUUGGAGAUGGCCGUUGACUGUCACAAUUAUCCAAUUUCCGAGAGGGAUGACUACAUGGAUCGCGUACUAGCAGAGGGUUGCGAUCUGGAUUUCGAGCCGUCGGUGUCAGAUUGCAGAACUUCGGUUCAGAACGAGCAUUCUCCGUUCAUCUCUAAUGCAGGGAAUGGGGCAGACGACAUUACUGAGAGAAUAGCUGGGGAAGAAUCGUUGCCAUUGCCCUCUGUGGAGGUUGGGUUUGGCCAGGGUGUAGCUGAACACGAUGAAGGUGUGCAUAGCUACCCUACACCGUCCCCAGAACAAGGUCACUGCUGCGUUCCAAGUUGUCGCGGAAAUACUGUGGAUUCACCUGCAGAUGGGGCAGACGCAUCCGUUGCCAUCGCUUCCCUCGAACGCCAGAUCAACAACGCCUGCGAUGACAUCACACUGCUUCGUAUGACUAGACGUGAAAACGAAGACCUUUUCCAGGAGCACGUCCGUCAAACAAAGGCUCGUUUGGACGACCUGCGCGAUCACAUGGAUAUUCACAUCAUGUCAAACGUCCACGUAAAUACUUCAAAUCUCACAAAUAUGCAAUCACGUCUGGACGGUCUACAGGAGAAGAUGGAACACAUGGAGUCACGCCUCGCUAGCAAAGAUCAAUGUACAGUAGAGCCAGAAGUUGAGAUUGACGGCCACAAGGCAUUAUUGGAAGAAGUAAGAGCUUUACGAGAAGAGACUGCUCAACAGAUAGCUAUUGAAUUCGAGGCCAUAAAAGCGGCUCGUCUUGACGCUGAAGCCGCCGUCACUAAAGCGGUUGCGGACGCACAACUCCAAAUGGCUGCGAGCCGCAUGAAACGCAAGUUUUCGGACCUUGAAGACACACAAGACUCACACUCCGUGCAAGACAAUGGUAGCCCGAGCGAGCGACCGGUCAUACAACUGUCGAAACGCCGGAAGACUAUGAAGGUUGUAUCUAGGAUCGCCCAGACAGCUACUGUUGCUACUGUUGGUGCGAUUGCAGCGUGGGCUGCUUUGGCGUUUGCUUGA